AUGCAAAAGCAACUUCAGCAACCGGCAGCGGUUCAACAACAACAGCAACACGAAGGGUCGAAUCGUCGUAGUCACUGGCUGCAGUUUACCAAAGCUUUGGCACCGCGAAAUAUGGAAGAGCCUUCUCCGCGUCAGCAUGGCACCCCAUUAUUUCAACAGCAGAAUGAUGUGCAAGAAAGCUCUGCUAGCUUUACCGAGAAAAAGAAGAAGAAGUCCGCCCAUGUCCAGCUUCUGGAAGAACAGAUUGAGCACAUGCAUGCAGAGACUCAGAGACUGAAGGAAUCGGAAGAGCAAUUGCGUCAAUAUUCGCAAGAGAUGGAGCGAAAACUACGCACCAUGGAGCAGCAAUAUCAAGUAAUGAGCAAAGAUCUCCAGGAGCACUACCGGGCCAUUCGCGUGACAGACGAUGACUAUGCCACAAUCAAGCAGCAGUUAUCCGCGUUGUUGACGAAAGUGGAAAGUUUUCCUUUUGGCAUCAAGCAAGAGUUUUCGGCAGAUAAAAACAUUGUCGUCAGUGUGUUCGGCAGCCGAUGGCCGCGUUUAUCCAAAUAUAUAGAAGGUCGCCUUUGUCGCAGCGAUCAAAGCAUCGAUUACUCUGUUGUCGCUUUUUUGGUGCAAAAGCUGAUUAUGGAGGAGCUCGCAGCAUGCAUUUUCAAUGCGCCUAUUCAUAUGGCAUCGGAAGUAAAUAAUGAUUUUGCCCGUAUUACAACCUGGUUGACCCAGUACCACGUCAAAGGCUUUGGUCGCAAGCUACGACAACAGUUGUGCAAAGUGAUCGCAACAAUGUAUGCCGACACCAAUUACCAUUCCAGUCCACAGUAUCGAAAAAUCCUUGAAUGCAGAGACUUCCUCAUCAAAAGCGUUGUGGAUAUCAUUUCCAAGAUUUAUCAAACAGCAAAUCGGUCCGAGCUCGAAAAGAAGCUUGGCAAGCUCGUCGACGAGGCAACAAAGCUCAGUUUAGCCAUGCACGGUCAAGAUAACCCCGUAAUAAUCCGCAUCAUUACAGAAGGCCGUGAUGUAUUAGAUCCAGAAUACAUGACAGAACAGCGUGGAUCAUCAAACGAAUCGGAUAUCGUGCAACUCGUAAUAUCGCCGGCCUUUGUCUAUCACGAUGAUGCCGGAUACGAAAUGUGCUUGUGUCGUGCAAAAGUCAUCUGUCACGAAAACAUUCAGUAG